CCGACUUCCGGCAGCGUGGCGUAUUUUCGCGGUAACUUUCCUGUCAGCGGGUCGGUAGCAGCUAACAGACCGAACCGAGCCGGAUCAUGGAAUAAACAUGGCCCACAACAGACGCUGUUUCUUCGAAGCUCUGGACCGCUCAGAGACCAGGCGGGAUGGAGGGUUCAAGCACAACUGGAGCUUUUCUCUCUCUGGUGACAGUGAAGAGGAGCGGAGACAUGAUGAGAGCGUGGUGAGCGUGGAGGAGAUGGACAGGCAGCAGCCGACCUCCCCCGACGAGAAAAAGUCUCCCUCUCUGAGACACUUCACUCCCUCGGAUCCGCUGAGAACGUACGAGAACCGGUCCAACAAUCACACGAGGCCUCUGAGCAAGCUGGCACCCAAAAGGCUCAGCGAGGUCCCUCUCUCAGUAGCAACGUCCUCCCCGAUCCCCAACAGAACCAACUACUUCAUCAUCAGUCCCGCACCGUCGCAGGGAAUCGUUCUACAGGGGCGACACUUCCAGCACGCACAGAUGCCCUCCGCAAUAAGGAAACCAGUCCAAAGCCUCGAUCUGAAGGAAAGAAACGACUUCUCCACCACGCAGCAAGCUGUGGAAGUGGACAGCAUCGUCCUCACCUGUCCAGAGAUCCCAGAGGAGGAGAACCUGAACAUUAAGCGCCGCGUCCAGCAGAAGAGGAAACCGUUAGAGGACUGCUGUAGUUUUCCUUUGCAGGUCAAAGCAACAGAGCCUCUCCGGCCGACGCUCUACCAGACGGUGUGCGUGAAGUGCAACAAGCCGAGCGACGACGGCGUUGGCAGCAAAUGUCAGAACUGCGGGAACGGUGCGGCGUUGCUUCCCUGUCAGCAGGCCACGCUGUCGUCCCCGACACCCCGACCCCCCAUCCGAUCCCAGCCCUCCCCCGGACCAAACAGCCUGCAGCAGAACUUCUACAAGCCAGUCACGACCAUGAGAGCGCCUCGCGGGGAGACGCUGCCCAUACGCAUCGUGAGCACCAGAGGAACCGGGCUGCCUCUGAACAAUGGCCGGUCCCCUCUGUUAGCGGGGACGUCGGGCUGCUGCGGAGCCAGAAACCCACCGAAAGGGAAGAGGGCGGCGGCGGCACGGCAGCACGAACUCAACGACCCCAUCAUCCUGUCCAGUGACGAUGAGGAGGACGCCGACAACGCCAGCACGGGAAGCGUCAACCGACUGGACAGCGUUUCCCCUCGACCCGCGGACUCCGCUCACUCCUCGCCGGCGCCCUCUGGAGGCAGAGUGGAGGCUGCAGUGAAGAGCGCCGGAGAGCAGGAGGAGCUGAACAUGGAGUUCUUCGAAGACGUCAACAUGAAGAUCACGAUACCGCGGAGAGCCCGGAUGAAAGACCAGUUUGGGAAUCAGCCUCCUCCUGAGCAGUUCUCACCGAGGGCGAAGAAACCCAAAGUCGUGUCCAAGUGUGACAGCAUUAUACUGGAGUGUCGGAGUGUAAGAGUGGGAACUCUACGCCGGAUGGUGACGAAGCCCGUCGUCUUUUCCAUCGACAGCAUCCAGCUGGAAACUGAAGGUCCGGAGCGAAACACAAUGGAGAAGGUUUGUUUUCAGGCGUCGGAGCUGAUCAGCUGUGAGUGGUGCAGCGUUCGGAAACUUCCGGUCUUGUUCUUCCAGACGACCCCGGAGGAGUGCGUCCGCCUGCGCACGCAGCUCAACAUGUCGACGGAGACGGGAGGACAGUGGUACGACUGCGCCGGGGACCAAUCGGAUGAGAAGUACAUCGUUUUGAUCUUCGAGAACGGCCUGGCGAUGAAGGAGCAGAUGAUCCUGGAGGACAUUCUGGGCGAGAUCGGCCGGAACAACAACCUCAGCAACUUCCCCGCCAAGCUGCCCUUCGAGGAGGCCAACAUCCGACUGGUCAACUACAACAAGGCCUCCAAACAGAAGGAGGAGAAGGAGAAGCCAAUACAAACCCCUCCCAAAAUCUCCCACGUCUCCCCGGUUUCCAAGGUCCCGCAGGUCGGCCCGGUGAGCCCGGUCUCUGUGCCCGUCCGCACACGGAUGGCCACCCGCCAGCAGACCAGCACCUACUUUGAAGAAGACGAGGAGGACAUGACCGACCUCCAGCCCACCUUCUCUGGACCAAUCAUCAAAUUAAUGGUUUACCCUCCUCCUCCCGCCAAAGGUGGCAUCUCAGUCACUAAUGAGGACCUCCACUGCCUUAAUGAUGGAGAAUUCCUUAACGACGUUAUCAUAGACUUUUAUUUAAAAUAUUUAGUUUUAGAGAAAUUGAAAAAAGAAGACGCACAAAGAAUCCACGUGUUCAGUUCCUUCUUCUACAAGAGGCUGAACCAGCGAGAGCGGAGGAACGUCCCCGACACCACCAACCUGCCAAUCCAGAAACGGAAGCACAACAGGGUGAAGACGUGGACCCGGCACGUGGAUCUCUUCCAGAAGGACUUCAUCUUUGUUCCCAUCAACGAGUCAGCUCACUGGUAUCUGGCUGUGAUCUGCUUCCCGGGGCUCAAGGGUCCAAUGUACGAGCAGAACCCGCUGGGCCCGUUCCCAGCCUCCACCUCCGCUGAAGAACCCCCGUCAGAGGAGAACAUCCCCGACCACUGUCGCCCUCUGUCCCCGGACAGAGACGGGCUGGACAGCUCCUCGGACGAUCCGUCCUCCGGCGCCCCCGAGGCGUCCGCAGAAGGUCAGACUGACGGCGAGCCCGCCAAGGAGACCGCGGCGCUUACGGCGGGGAGAACGGAGGCUUCCAGCGGCCCGGCAGCGGUGGGCAACGGCCAGACUGACGGACAACAGUAUACAAGUGAGUUGCACAGAAUCAGUGUUUGUUACGGUUCCAAAAGAGACGAGGACACCUCCGGGUUCUCCGACGACCAGAGCUCCACCCAGGUACUGUCUUUACCGCUCAGUGUUACGCAACCGCCCCGUCUGUCUGUUGACGGGCUGAAUGAGGCUCAAUGUCCCGACUGUCUCCAGGACGAGUGCAGCGAGGACGGGACCGAAGACGCUCCCGGCUCCGAUCCGUCCGCUCUGGCCUCCAAACAGAACCUCUGCAGACAACCCUGCAUCCUCAUCAUGGACUCCCUGAGAGGUCCGGCCCGGUCCACGGUGGUGAAGACUCUCAGAGAGUACCUGGAGGUGGAGUGGGAGGUGCGUAAAGCGACUCAGCGGAGCUUUGGGAAGGAUGUGAUGAAGGGUUCGAGCCCUCGUGUUCCUCAGCAGGACAACUACAGCGACUGCGGCGUUUACAUCCUUCAGUACGUGGAGAGCUUCUUCGAGAAUCCGAUUCCCAGCUUCCACCUGCCCGUCAACCUGUCCGACUGGUUUCCGCAGCAACGGAUGAAGACGAAGCGCGAGGAGAUCAAGGAGCUGAUCCUGAAGAUCCAGGAGCAGCAAGAACCGGACAGGAAGGAGCCCGACCGGGUCGAGGCUCCGCCCUCUUCUCCCGAGGAGCCCGAGAUCGAAGAGACUUCUGGGUCGACGGGCCGGCCGCCACACUUACCCAUCAGCCCCUGAAACGACCCCACCCUUCCUCCUCCUCUCCCCGUCACUCCCGGGCCCAGCGGGGGGGCCGGACCUGAUUGUACGCUGCUGGUUUCACUUCAACAUGUCCGAGAACCGAGCCUGGACUCCCUCCACCUUUAACUUUGUAUGGAAUAAACAUGAAGUGUACAGACGCUGGAGUUUCCCGCUGCCUUUGUAACUGACAGGAAGUGGAUCAUUAAGUUAUGGUUCGUAGACGUUCUCCACCAGGAGACUGUCGCGCUCUUGCAUCAUUAUUUUUUAUGCUUUCUAGUUGUGUAGAAGACAAACUAUUAAAGAAGAAGAACCAUAGAGGAAGUUGCUGUUGUUUGUAAGUUAAUAAUAAUAAUAAUAAUAAAGCUUCCAGCUCACAUAGAGUCACAGUUCAGUGCUUGUUGAUGUGGAUCUGCAGCAUUAAAGCCACAGUGGAUGCAAGAGCA